GUGCGGACAGUGUCCCGCGAGGGUGAGGGUGCGCGGAGGCGGCGCGCGGGGCAGUGGUCAGCGAGCCGCACGGGUCCUCCGCAGCGGCGCCCACCAGCCGGUCCCCAGCUCGAGCCGCCGCUCCUGCCCGCCCCGCGAGCCCGGCCCUUGGGCCCCGGAGCUCAGCCCGCCGAGCGGCCUCCGGGGGACGCCGCCGGGCGAGAGGAUCGCGCCCUUGCCUGUGCCGUGGCCCAGCGCGCGGCGGGAUGAGGGGCAGCGAGCGGGCCGCGCGGGCGCUGCGGCCGCGGGGGGGGCUCUGGCCGGUGUUGGCCGUGCUGGCGGCGGCCGGCUGCGCCCGGGCAGCCAUGGACGAGUGCACCGACGAAGGCGGGCGACCGCAGCGCUGCAUGCCCGAGUUCGUCAACGCCGCCUUCAACGUGACCGUGGUGGCCACCAACACGUGCGGGACUCCGCCCGAGGAGUACUGUGUGCAGACCGGGGUGACCGGAGUCACCAAGUCCUGUCACCUGUGCGACGCCGGGCAGCCCCACCUGCAGCACGGGGCAGCCUUCCUCACCGACUACAACAACCAGGCCGACACCACCUGGUGGCAAAGCCAGACCAUGCUGGCCGGGGUGCAGUACCCCAACUCCAUCAACCUCACGCUGCACCUGGGAAAGUCUUUUGACAUCACCUACGUACGCCUCAAGUUCCACACCAGCCGGCCCGAGAGCUUCGCCAUUUACAAGCGCACGCGGGAGGACGGGCCCUGGACGCCCUACCAGUACUACAGCGGCUCCUGCGAGAACACCUACUUCAAGGCCACCCGGGGCUUCAUCAGGACCGGCGAGGACGAGCAGCAGGCCUUGUGCACGGACGAGUUCAGCGACAUCUCCCCUCUCACCGGCGGCAACGUGGCCUUCUCCACCCUGGAGGGAAGGCCCAGCGCCUACAACUUUGACAAUAGCCCGGUGCUGCAGGAGUGGGUGACAGCCACGGACAUCAGAGUGACCCUCAAUCGCCUGAACACCUUUGGAGACGAGGUGUUUAAUGACCCCAAAGUCCUCAAGUCCUAUUAUUACGCAAUCUCUGAUUUUGCUGUAGGUGGUAGGUGUAAGUGUAACGGACAUGCAAGCGAGUGUGUGAAGAAUGAGCGUGACAAGCUGGUGUGUAGUUGCAAACAUAAUACUUUUGGAGCAGACUGUGAGAAGUGUCUUCCUUUCUUCAACGACCGGCCGUGGAGGAGGGCGACCGCCGAGAGCGCCAGCGAAUGUCUGCCCUGUGAGUGCAACGGCCGAUCACAAGAGUGCUUCUUUGACCCCGAACUGUACCGAUCCACUGGCCAUGGAGGCCACUGUACCAACUGCCAGGAUAACACCGACGGUGCCAACUGUGAGCGGUGCCGGGAGAAUUUCUUCCGCCUUGGGGACACGGAAGCCUGCUCUCCAUGCCACUGCAGUCCUGUCGGUUCUCUCAGCACACAGUGUGACAGCUAUGGCCGAUGUAGCUGCAAGCCGGGAGUGAUGGGUGACAAGUGUGACCGGUGCCAGCCCGGCUUCCAUUCUCUCACAGAGGCGGGAUGCAGGCCGUGUGCGUGUAACCCCUCUGGCAGCACGGACGAGUGUAAUGUUGAAACGGGACGAUGUGUCUGCAAAGACAACGUGGAAGGCUUCAACUGCGAGAGGUGCAAGCCUGGAUUUUUUAAUCUGGAAUCAUCCAAUCCCAGAGGCUGCACACCCUGCUUCUGCUUCGGGCAUUCUUCCGUCUGCACGAACGCCGGCGGCUACAGCGUCUACCCUAUAACCUCAACCUUCCAGAUUGAUGAGGAUGGGUGGCGGGCAGAGCAGAGGGACGGCUCUGAAGCAUUCCUGGAGUGGUCCCCCGAGAGGCAAGAUGUCGCCGUCAUCUCGGACAGUUACUUUCCUCGGUACUUCAUUGCUCCUGCCAAGUUCUUGGGCAAGCAGGUGAUGAGUUACGGCCAGAACCUCUCCUUCUCCUUUCGAGUGGACAGGCGGGACACGCGCCUCUCCGCCGAGGACCUGGUGCUCGAGGGAGCUGGCCUGCGAGUGUCCGUGCCCUUGAUCGCACAGGGCAAUGCCUAUCCAAGUGAGACAGCCGUGAAGUACGUCUUCAGGCUCCACGAAGCAACAGAUUACCCUUGGAGGCCUACGCUUACCCCUUUCGAAUUUCAGAAGCUCCUUAACAACUUGACCUCUAUCAAGAUCCGUGGGACAUAUAGUGAAAGAAGUGCCGGAUAUUUGGAUGAUGUCACCCUGGCAAGUGCUCUUCCUGGGCCUGGGACCCCUGCAUUGUGGGUGGAGACCUGCACCUGUCCGGUGGGAUACGGAGGGCAGUUUUGUGAGAUGUGCCUCUCGGGUUACAGAAGAGAAACGCCGAGUCUCGGGCCAUACAGUCCAUGUGUGCUUUGUACCUGCAAUGGGCACAGUGAGACCUGUGACCCUGAGACGGGUGUUUGCAACUGCAGAGACAAUACGGCCGGUCCCCACUGUGAGAAGUGCCGCGAUGGGUUCUACGGAGAUUCAACCGCGGGCACCUCUUCCGAUUGCGCACCCUGCCCGUGUCCUGGGGGCUCGAGUUGUGCUGUGGUCCCUCUGACACAGGAGGUGGUCUGCACCAACUGUCCCAUGGGCACCACCGGUAAAAGAUGUGAGCUCUGUGACGAUGGCUACUUCGGAGACCCUCUGGGGAGACAAGGCCCUGUGCGGCUCUGCCGUCCGUGUCAGUGCAACGACAACAUCGAUCCCAACGCAGUCGGAAAUUGCGACCGCUUGACGGGAGAAUGCCUGAAAUGCAUCUAUAACACCGCUGGCUUCUACUGUGACCGGUGCAAAGACGGAUUCUUUGGAAACCCGCUGGCUCCCAAUCCGGCAGACAAAUGCAAAGCCUGCAAUUGCAACCCCUACGGGACCACACGCCGCCAGAGUGGCUGCAGCCCUGUGACCGGCCAGUGCGAGUGUCUGCCUCACGUCACCAGCCGGGACUGCGGAGCUUGCGACCCCGGGUUCUACAACCUGCACAGCGGGCAAGGCUGCGAGAGGUGUGACUGCCAUGCUUUGGGUUCCACAAACGGACAGUGUGACAUCCGCACUGGCCAGUGUGAGUGCCAGCCGGGCAUCACCGGGCAGCACUGUGAGCGCUGCGAAGUCAACCACUUUGGGUUUGGACCCGAAGGCUGCAAACCCUGUGACUGUCAUCCUGAGGGGUCUCGGUCGCUCCAGUGCAAAGAUGAUGGUCGCUGUGAAUGCCGGGAAGGCUUUGUGGGAAAUCGCUGUGACCAAUGUGAAGAGAACUAUUUCUACAAUCGCUCUUGGCCUGGCUGCCAGGAAUGUCCAGCAUGUUACCGGCUGGUGAAGGAUAAGGUUACUGAGCAUCGAGGGAAACUCCAGGAAUUAGAGAAUCUCAUGGCAAACCUUGGCACGGGGGGUGAGGUGGUGACGGAUCAAGCCUUUGAGGAUCGACUGAAGGAAGCGGAAAGAGCAGUGAUGGACCUUCUCCGUGAGGCUCAAGAUGUCAAAGAUGUGGACCAAAAUUUGAUGGAUCGCCUCCAGAGAGUGAAUAACUCCUUAUCCAGCCAAAUUAGCCGUUUGCAGAAUAUCCGGAAUACCAUUGAAGAGACUGGGAACUUGGCUGAACAAGCGCGUGCCCGGGUAGAAAGCACAGAGCAGCUGAUUGAAAUCGCGUCCAGGGAACUUGAGAAAGCAAAAGUUGCCGUGGCCAACGUGUCAAUCGCUCAGCCAGACUCCACCGGGGACCCGAACAACAUGACUCUUUUGGCAGAAGAGGCUCGAAAGCUUGCAGAACGGCAUAAACAAGAAGCUGAUGACAUUGUCCGAGUGGCACAGACAGCCAGUGACACAUCAACUGAGGCAUACAAUCUGCUGUUGAAGACACUGGCAGGAGAAAAUCAAACAGCAUUUGAGAUUGAAGAGCUUAAUAGAAAGUACGAACAAGCGAAGAACAUCUCGCAGGAUCUAGAGAAGCAGGCGGCGCGGGUACACGAGGAGGCCAAGAGGGCUGGCGAGAAAGCGGUGGAGAUCUACGCCAGCGUGGCCCAGCUGGCGCCCGUGGACUCGGAAGCCCUGGAGAAUGAGGCAAAUAAGAUAAAGAAGGAAGCUGAGGAUCUGGACCGGCUGAUUGACCAGAAGUUAAAAGACUAUGAGGACCUCAGAGAUGACAUGCGAGGGAAGGAAUUCGAAGUGAAGAAACUCCUGGAGAGCGGGAAGGUCGAGCAGCAGACUGCCGACCAGCUCCUGGCCCGAGCUGAUGCUGCCAAGGCUCUUGCGGAAGAAGCUGCUAAAAGGGGACGAAACACCUUACAAGAAGCCAACGACAUUCUCAACAACCUGAAAGACUUCGAUAAGCGAGUGAAUGACAACAAGACCGCUGCAGAGGAGGCACUAAGGAGAAUCCCUGCCAUCAACCAGACCAUAAUCGAAGCCAAUGAAAAGACGAGGGAGGCACAGCUGGCCCUGGGCAAUGCGGCCGCGGACGCCACCGAGGCGAAGAACAAGGCCCACGAGGCGGAGAGGAUCGCCCGCGCCGUCCAGCAGAAUGCCACCAGCACCAAGGCAGAGGCUGAAAGGACGUUUGCAGAAGUGACAGACCUGGAUAGCGAGGUGAACAAUAUGUUGAAACAACUGCAGGAAGCGGAAAAGGAGCUGAAGAAAAAACAGGACGACGCCGACCAGGAUAUGAUGAUGGCCGGGAUGGCCUCCCAGGCCGCUCAGGAAGCCGAGAUCAACGCCAGGAAGGCCAAGAACUCCGUUACCAGCCUCCUCAAGCUUAUUAGUGACCUCUUGGAGCAGCUGGGGCAGCUGGACACAGUGGACCUGAACAAGCUCAACGAGAUCGAAGGCACCCUGAACAAAGCCAAAGACGAGAUGAAGGUCAGCGAUCUGGACAGGAAAGUGUCCGACCUGGAGAGUGAAGCCAGGAAGCAGGAGGCCGCCAUCAUGGACUAUAACAGAGACAUUGAGGAGAUCAUGAAGGACAUCCGCAACCUGGAAGACAUCAGGAAGACCUUGCCGUCCGGCUGCUUCAACACCCCGUCCAUUGAAAAGCCCUAGCGUCUUCCCUUAGGGCUGGAAGGCAGUACUCCCCACCGGGUAGCCGUGGCGAGGCCAUAGCGUGCCUUAGCACAAAGAUGACAUUUUCAGACCCCCCACUUCUCUGCUGCUCUCCACCACUGUCCUCUUGAACCAGGAAAAGUCACAAAGUCUAAAGAGAAGCAAAUUCAACAUCGUGAACCGGGAACAAAGGGUUUUAUCCAAAUAAAGUCUCCCUUCCACUUACGGUGCUCCCUUCCCCCCCACCCCUUCUGAGUCUCGUAAAGACUGGCCGCCUGCGGUGGCGUCAGCACUUCGUGGAACCGUUGUGCGCCGGGGCUGAGCGAGGAGCCCUCCCUGUCUCCCUGGUGCCAGCAGAAUCUCCUCCGUCUGUGCUCUCGUUUCUAUGAAGGAAAAGUUUGGCUGCUCAUAGUAGCAUAGUGAUGGCCAGUACGUCCAACCUUAGUUAAAGAAGAUGCACCUGCUUCUCCCACCCCUCCUCCUCGUCAGCGUCCUGUGCCAAAGGCCUUCAGCGUGUCAAGAGCCAUCACCAGUUGCUUUAGCUACUUUGAGUAUAGGACCCUGCGCCAUCCAUGGGUAAGGAUGCAGUCAUUUCCGACAGUCUCCAGAAGAACCGAGGUGCCGAAGUAGGCCGACCGUCUUCUGUGCUAAUAACUGACCAGGAAGAUCGACUUCUUUCAAAUCUUUGGGCAGCUGAUCAUUUAAAUCUGGAUGGGCAGCUCGCACUCACCAGUGACACCUUUUGAUAUUCCUACACGUGGAGUUUAUGCAGAAGAAAUAGGGAUAUGAUAACCACUAAAGUUUUGUUUUGUUUUGUUUUCCCAAAAUCUAAUUCUUAGAGCUUUGUUAGUAUGCUAGUAUGGGAACUGGUAUUAUUAUCUGGCAGAGAACAGUUGAUCCCUAAGAUCUUGACAAACCAAACAGAAGAAAAACCAGCCCUAGUCUCUUCCAGCAGAGGGGUAAAGCGUAGGUCCAUCUCAAUGGUCAGGAUCCCAUAGAUCCAUGUUUCUUCCACUGGGAAGAGAUGAGACAUUCGACCCUUAGCCUCCCCGUUCUCCUGACGUUCCCAUCGUCUAGAAUCCCUCGAGACUCACGGUUUGCCCAAUCCAGGUGGCAAAGACUUGCACCCAGUAGUUCACUCAGCUGCCAACCCCACCUAGUUCCUGCACUUUGUGGUUUCAACCCACUCUGACCCUUCCCUCUCCGUGCGAGGGAAGACCCUUAAGUGGAGUUUCCUAGUGGGCUUCUCAACUUUUGAUCCUCAGCUCUGUGGUUUUCUUCUAAGAUCACAGCGUGACAAUUCCCUGCCACGUGACCCCUUCCUCCUACCAACCUGCCUUCGAGAUUCAUAUAUAGCUUUUAACACUAUGCAACUUUGUACUUUGCGUAGCGGGGGAAAGAAACUAUUAUCUGACACACUGGUGCUAUUAAUUAUUUCAAAUUUAUAUUUUUGUGUGAAUGUGAUUUUUUUUUUGUUUGUGUAUCAUGAUUAUAGAGUAAGGAAUUUAUGUAAAUAUACCUGGUCCUCUUUCUAGAAUGGCCCUCUGUCCACGUCUUCGUUCCGCCUUCCUCCUCCCUGGCACGAUGCGUGGAGCAUUCGCCCUCCACCUGGGGUCUGCGGAUCGCACCCGUCCCCGUCACUCUGCCCUUUGCCGUGUGUCUGCAGCCUGGCCGUCCUCGGACGGCCACACCAGCCUGCUUUCCUCCCCACGCAGCCAGUGUCCAGAGCUACCUCCACCCCAGUCCAUGGCGGUCUGGUGACCCCGAGCUGCAGCCCAUGCUGUUCUCGAUGCCUGCUGCAGAGCAGGGAUGCCAGCCGCCAGGGUGUGCGGGGCGAGGAUAUUUGGCAGAAGGGCAUCAACCUCAGUGUGGCUCUAGCCCCUUCCUGAAGUGCCCUUCUGCCCGGCCGGCGUGGCUCAGUGGGUGAGCAUCGACCCACGU